UCUUGGAAGCUGCUUCUUGACAGAAUUAUUCUCUGUAGUGUAGAAAAUGUUCAUGGUUAAGUCAGUCGAUUUUUUUUAAGCUGUUAUGCAAGUGGCUUUCAGCCUUUGAAACAACGGGAAAUCAUUUACAUUUUAAAAAUAACUACAAAAUUGGAUUAAACUUGAAAAUAGUGCUGAGCAAAGAACAAAAUGAAUUUCUUUCUCAAAUGGUUCAUUGAGAAAAAUCCAAUGAGCUAGGAACCUUCUUCAUGUGUCUGCUCACACAUAUGGUCUUCAUUGUAGAUUUUUUAACUUGGAAUUUUGUGGUUUCUUCUUCUAUUUUGUGGAACCUUUCUCAGCUCAUUUUAUAUUGCUCAGUGUUAUAUGCAUAUAAAAUUUAUAGGCUGGUACUGUUUUCAAAAUGAACUAGAGAACCAGUUCUACUUUUCAGCCUGAUAAUUUUAGAGUUGAGCCGCUACUUACUGUAGUUUGCCAAUAAGUGAUAGAAUUAAACUCUUGUAACUGCUUUUCUGUUGCAAAAGCUACAAUUUUGUCUUUAGGAAAAAAUAUACUGAAGCAUUUUAACAACUAGGCAAGCUAUGUAAAAUAUUGCUUUGUCCCUCUAUGACUUGAUUGUAAAAUUGUAAAAUUUUAGGCUGCUCAUCCCUUCAAAGGCUGCUUUUUGUCCACUUACAUAAAGGUGAAUCUUACACAGAUCUCUGUUGCUCUUUGGCCAAGUGCUCUUUUUUUAGUGCUUGCUUUAGGUGGCUGUAGAAGACACAUUUUCUUUUAAAAAAAAAUCUUUACAGUGUGCCAGACUCUCUUUGCAAGCUAUGCAACUACAUAGGAAGGCUGGGUGACUGGCUCUGGGUUCAUAUUGAGUUCCUGGUUAGGUGCUCAUGUAGAAGAAGUACAAGUUAGUCUUUGAAUUGAGUGCUGUACCUGCCUUGUGUUAGAUUGCACAUAGACCUAGCCUUUUUUUUUUUUUUCCCUAGCAUCUUUUGUGUGUUCUUUCACAAAGUUGUGCUGUGCUACAGAUUGCUCAUCCUGCCUGUGGUGUGCAGUCAUGACUUAUUAUGAGUGGCAGCUCUUAUUGUAACUCCUAAAAAAAUAGGAAAAAGGUCUGCUCAUGUCCAUCAGUUAAACUGUGGGCCUCGUGUAUGUUGGCUGAAUUCUAUGAAAUAUGGUAGGAAGUUAGUACAGCAGAACUUGAUGCAAAACAAUAUCAGAGGGAAAACUAACAGCCCUAAUCUGUUUAUUUGACAUUUAUUUUACCCACUCAUUUUCACACAGAUUUCAUUCACUCAUAUCCUCACACCCACACACUUGGAAGUACUGAGAUGUUUUGUGCAACACAGAGAGCUGGGAACUGCCUCAUGUGUCCUCAUCAUGGGUUCUUGAUUGGUUCUGGACAAACUUUUUAAAGUCCUUUAGGAGUGCCCUUUGCUAUUCCAGUUGUGCUGAUGGGGAGAGGAGUGAUGUGUGUGACAUGCUUCAAAGUCACUGCCAGCCUCCUGUUGCUUCUGUCUUCCCUCAAAGAGUGAUUUGCACUGAGGUUUAAUCAGUGUGGCCUUGUGUGCUGGACAAAACCAGGUCCUCAGCCUGGCUGAGUAAAAAGGAUUCUUUGCCAUCCACACAGACCAUUCUUUUAACUUGCUUUGCUGUUAUUUUCUUUCUCAUUCUGUGUUGACAGUCACAUUUCAUUCACUGCCAUCUUGAAUAUUUCUAUUAUGAGUCUCUGCAGCACAGCUGCAGCCCAAGUGAUCUCUGUGGGGCAUCCCUAAUACUUUUACUAUAAAUGAUGCCAAAUUUUGUUCUCUUUCAUGUUUUACAGCAAUUUAUGCAUUUCUUCUGUUUUAGACUACUUCAGAUGUAUAGUGAGCUACAGAAACGUUAUGUUAAAGAAACCAAAAUAAACAAGGAGCAAAGUGAAGCAAUUAAAAAUCUCACUAUUAAAAUUAAUGAGCUGGAGCAUAAUCUUCAAGAGCAGAGGCAAAGAAUUGAGCAACUGGAAUGUAAAAAGGUUUCUUGGAAAACUAGUGCUAUUUCUGGAAAACAAAGUCAAACCUCAGAGGGAGGAGUAACUUCUCACAGGGACAUUUCUGCAAAGAAGGAAUCCUGUUGCAGUAGAUAUUUAGAGCAAUUGUUGAAGGAGAUUAAAAAGCUGAAGAAAGAAAAUAGAAAGUUGUCUGCAGAAAAGAGAGCACUAAAAAAUGAAUUAGCUGGAUUAGACAAGGAUUUUUUUGAAGAGGUAGAAGAUCUAAAACAUGCUGUACAGGAAUCUAUGAAACUGAACAAUGAGUAUGAAAAGUGCUUGAAACAAAUAAGUGUAAUAUAUGGACUGCCUUUUACAGCACAUUUGUAACUACUGGGUAAUUUAAUGUCAGGUUCUUUCCACAUAUUUUUUAUACUUACUGCAACAUUUCAACCUACCAUUGCUAAAAUGGUACCACAUUUUGAUAAUAUAGAUUCAGAAAUGUGAUCUCAAUAUGACAAGUGCUCAGAAAUGUUGUAUUUUGUGACCUUUAAUUUUUUUGUUUGUUUAUAUAUUUUUAAAUAAACUGUG